AUGAAGAAUUCUUGCCGCUAUAAGUGAUCACGUCUGAAAGAAAUAGCCAAACUAUAUACUAUAAGUGAUCACGUCCAAAAGAAAUAGCCAAACAUUCUUUAAUAUUCUUUCUUGUUCUUUUAUCUAUAAUUGAACAUGACACGUCAAAGAUUCUUCAGAUUAAAAACAAUAACUCGUAUCUCCAUCAUUAAAACUUUUCAUAUUGUUUAUUAUGCAUUGUUCGGAAAAUGACAUUGUCUUUUAAACCACUUUAAUUUUUCAAAGAGAAAUAUUUUUCAUGAUAAAUAAUUGUUUCGAAAGCCAGCAAAAAUCUGCAAACUUUUAACUAUGGAAUGGCCGGCUGUUACUGAGACUUUCCUGCCUCCCUCCGCUUGCUUUAUACUAUGCAAGGUUAUAAUUUACAUCAAGUAAAGAAUAAUACAUACAAAUUCUAAAUAACACUUUGAUGCAAAUAACAGUUUUUCUUUUCAAGAUGCUUUAAUAAUGCAUAUUCUUUUAAAGAAAUAGAGCAGUUAGUAUUUUAAUGACACCUUAUUGUAUAUCCGCAUAGUGGAAACAAUCCGCCAUGUUUCCGUACAUUGGUAUCACAGUUCUGUUGUUGUUUGCUUGACGAGAUAACCUCGUGUAUUUUACUGACGAUAAUUAGUGCCAUUUUUUUUUCUUUUUUUUAUCUCCAACUUCUUCAACAUAUCGGAUAUUCAAAAAAAAAAAAAACCAGCGUAUUGGGUGUUUAUUUCAUAUGGAGUAAUAAAUCUUAUAAACGGACUUUUACAAUACUAAAACAUGUAAAGAAACUUUUUCAAGUGCUGUAGUAGAGGUAAAUCUUUAAAUGGAUUUAUUGAAAAUGUCCCUUGGCAUAUUACACCAGAUUACCUUGUCCCAACGUUAGGGCAUUUUACAACCCUUAGCAGUCUAGAUCAGAUAAAAUUGAAGUUGUCAUUGAGUCCUUUGCAAUUACAAAAACUUCAAAAUGAAAGACCAGAGCUGAGUUUUAUGACUGGUUGUAAGGAACACCAUCUUGAUGUUAGUAACUUAGAUGUGGACUGUUCUGAUAAAGAAGUGGAGGAAAAAAACAAAGACAACAUUGUACAUGCCAACAACACUGAUAGUACUGGCCUUAUUGAGCAGCACGAACACAGUGGCACUAAGGCAGACAAGGAAGAAGAAGUGGAGGAGGAGGAGGAGGAGGGGGAGGAGAACAUCACUGACAGUGCCAAUCAAGAUCAAAAGAUGUCUCUGAAAGAAAUUAGGAACCAAAUGCCUGUGACAGUCUUUAGAAGUAAGUCAUUUGCUGGCAUGGCAAAUGCGCGUCCAAGAUCUGCUCCAGGUACUCCUGUACUUGGGGAAACUUUGCGUAGGAGCCCGCGGGUUUAUACGCAAACCCCACAGAGGUCUAAAAGGCUGGGGCUUGGAAGUUAUAAGCCACCUAAAAUUCCUAAAUUACCUCAACCCAGCCGUGCAGUCUUGAUGUUUGAAAGUGUCAAAAAAGGAAUCAAAGAAUUCAUAAUGGCUACUCAGGAUGACAUCAUUCAGCUUAAAAGCCGUGAUACUAACACAUCUACUGCUCAGGGAAAGUUACACGAGGCUGAUAAGCAAAUUAAAGCUGCAGAAAGAUAUCUGAAAAGGCUUGAAUUCCAUUUAUCAAAGAUUGAUGAGUUACAAGAUUGCUACAUUGUUAACCAACAACUCCGUGAAGGGGCUCGUAACAUGGCUCGAGCAUAUGCAAACACACCUGGCUAUAAGAAAGGUUCCUUAACCAGUGUGAAAUAUGGUUUUAAAGAAUGCUCUCAGACAAUGUGUGCUAUUGAAGCUCAGUUAGAAAGUAUGAUGGGGACUUUUCAUUGUAAAUUAAAAGGAAUGGCUGGUUUCGCACGCCUCUGUGCAGGAGAUGUAUUCGAAGUUACUAUGCGCUAUGGUACUCAGAAAUGGAAAGCAAAAGGCAAAAUAGAAAAGGAUGGUUCUCAGCGAUGGGAUCUUCCAGAUUUUGUAUUCAAGACAUUGGUUGGAGACAUCAUUAGCUUAAAGGCAAUGGAAUUACGGAGUCUUAAAUCUGUUUUGUUGGGAGAAAAGAAAUGUGAAACCAAAGAUUUAUUCUCAGCUAAUCCACAGAUGAUGACUGUUAGUAUCAAUCCAAAUGGCUCUCUGAAACUCAGCAUCAUAGUAACAUGGAAUCCAUUGGAAGGUGUGGAUGAAAGUCUAAUAAUUUAUGAAGUUCCACAACGCACUCAAGACACGCCACGACGUCGACCGGUCUCUGCAUUAGCAGUGAAUGGACAGUACUCUCAAUUGUUUGGUAGUCAGUUAGACCUGCUUGGCCAUGAAAGGAGGUACUCCAGUCCCGUGUCAUUGCCUCAGUCAAAGGAUGAUAGUUAUAUUCUUUCAUCGUCAAGCUCUUCAUUAUCUCUUGCUGCAACAGCUUAUCCAAUGAAUGACUCUGAUAGCGCUAUCUAUAUAUCUCAACUUCCACAGCGCUCAGCUUCUCGAUCAAUGUUGACUGGCUCAGCUAUGGCUCUUCCACCCCCCUUAACUACAACGGGACAUUAUCCUUCAGGACUGGCACAGCAUGCAGUGUGUGCAUAUGCAACAGAUGCUUCUAAUUUGGAAGAUGCACUUAAUUGUUUAAGUGUAUCACUUGAAGAUGUACGUGGCCGAUACCAAGAAUUACAGAAAAUUGAGGAAUUGGUUGAUGUUUUACGAUGCUUAUUAAAGAAGCAUUCCAGAUCUAGUUCUUGUUCUUCUAAUAUAAGUGUCUCAAUUGAACAUGCCUUGGAAGCUUUUGACUUUCUCAAUACAGAGGACAUUGUUGAUGAUGUAGAUAGCUCACCUAGUGAGAGCAGAAGAUCAAGCCUAGAUCACAUUCUAACCAGUCCAGAAUCUACUGCCAAAACAACAGAUUCUGGAAUCGAAUCUUUAGCUAAGAGAUUAUGUGAAGACACCCAACUGAGUUCAAGCACAAAUUCCAGUCCACUUCCUCCAAGUUCAGGCAAUGAACAUGUGGACCAAGCUCUUAUCUUCCAUCUUAAUUACUGUAACAAAUUAAUUGAGAAUUUGGGUAGUUUUGGGCCUUUGAAAUGCAAGGAAAUAUAUGCAUUAGAUAAACUUCAAAAGCAAUCUCAAAUUCUUGAAAAUUUAAUACAUCUUGCUAAAGCUGGGAGUGAAAUUGACUUACAUUCUGUUUUAGGUGAACAUCUUAAUGAUAAACAGUUGAAGGAGUUCUGGGUACAGUGCGUUGAUAGAAAUGUUCUGGUGGUCCCUGCUGAGAAGCUCAUUACUAUGAUGGAGCAGAAAUUAUUGCAUCGCUUCCAAGAACCCUGUGAUGUCAAACCUACCCGAGUAUUUUGUCAUUUGGUUAGUCGUAUUCUUGACAUCUCUGAUGCUGAGCUGAAAAUGACCCAGAACCUCUAUAUCACACUUUUCCAAUUUUCACUGUUCUUUAGAAAUGAAGGAUUUACUCUUGUUGACAAAAUUAUUGAAGAAAUUUCUAUCAGUGAUAAACUGUGUUCAGGUAAUGCUGAAGUUGCCAUUAAUUGUAUAGAAAGGCUUCAUGGUAGUGUUGCACCUGCCUUCUGUCUGAAAGUCCUUGGAACUCUGCUCAUCUGUGAUAACCAAGAUAUCAGGCAAGCUACUGCAUCUUACUUACGGAAUCUCCAGCAAAGCCGCCUUUCUCGUGAUAAGUCACUGGUGGUAUAUGUUGAAGCUUUAGAAGACCAAACUGCUGAAGUACGGGCAGGAGCAGCUGUUGCAUUAUCUCUCUUACGGGCAACUGAAAGUAUUCAACAGCUUGUGUUCCUGUGUCAAACAGACUCCUCUUCAUUAGUUAAAGUGUAUCUCAAAGAUGCUCUCUUCUCUCUAGGGAAAGAAGGAAUAAAAGCGUUUGAAGAAACCCAGCUGGGUUGUCACGGAUUCCAAGGUGUUCAUGUACAAAAGUAAGACUCAUAGUACAACCAGUGUGGGAGUAUAUGAUCUGGAUAUGUUACUGAUAAGCCAUUCAUAAAUUGAAGCCUAUUGGAUAGAAACUCACAGAUGAAGGAAUCCAAGCAAACGGGCUACUCUUUACUUCUUCACCUAGUUAUUAGGUGGUUCUCUCUGUUCAGCCAUGACAGCAAAUCUUUCAGCCAACUUUGGUCAAAAUGAUAUUUUGACAGUCAGCAAAAUAUCUAUCUACUUACCUUAAACCUACCUACGUACCUACCUACCUACUUACUUACCUACCUUCCUACCUACCUAUCAGCCUGCUCACCAAAUCAUUUACCCACCCACAUGUCUAUUAAAUUAUCCCAGUAGCAGCUUGCGAACCAUUUCCAACUACCCUGCCAGUAGCCUGGAGUUGGAUGUGCAACCUUUGUACUAUGUUUCUUAUUGAUACACCAACCGCCAGCAUCCGUAUGUCACCCACUGUUGGGUUUUUUUUUUCACUCAACAGCUUGCACUUGCCAUUGCAGAACUACCAACAACAAUACUCCUAUCCUAAUUUACCAGCAGCACCUCCUCCUUUACCCUCCAGUCAGAACAGGUUUCCUCGCAAAUGUUAUUUAUUUUGUUCUAUUCUAUGAGGUACAUCACUGCAUCCAUAGUCAGACCUCAUAAUGUAGUACAUUGUAACAUUUUGUGAUUUUAGUCAAACCUCUUCCUUCUGUGACAGCUGGACCUAAGUUCUGACGAGUUUUCUGUCAUGUCAAAGCACACUUUAUAUACCAUCCUGCGCCUGACAUAAGGUUUGAGGAAAAUGAAACUUCAUUGAAAUUAUCAGUUUAAUUUUAUUUAAAAAAAAAAAAACAAUAAAUCCAUUACAACCAAGCAAACACCCAACAAAUAAUCAAAUAUACAGACCAACUUACCUACCAACCAAAUACGCAAGCAACCAAGCUAAUAACCACAACUUAACAAAUCACAACCAAUCAAUCAGCAAUGACAACCAAUCACAGUAAAUCAACUAUAUCUGUUACUGUUCCUGAUUGUUCAUAAAUUAUUAAUGUUUGUACUCUGCUUCAGCAUCGUUGUACUGUGUGAUGUUAUAAACCAGUACUUUGUAAUGUUAUGAAUACUCUGUGUGGUGUUUUACAUUUAUUUAAUGUGCUAUGUUUUAAUCUGUUACUGUGUUGACUCAGUUUUUAGGUAAAUAGAGUUCUUUAUCUAUUGAUACUCUCUCAGUGUUCAGCUUCUAUGUGAUUCUUGCUCUGGUUAAAUUUCCAUCUUAUCAUGUAGAUAGCAGACUUGUAAAUUUUAAAAGGGUUGGGGUCCCGUGAUUCUAUGCUCUUAUCUCCCUUGUAUUAAUGUCCGCUAAGGGAGACCACCUGUACCCACAGAUUAUUGAGAAAAUACCACUAUAUUUAGUAUCAAUAACUGCUGAUUCCUUAACUUAAUGGGUUCUAUUCAUACACACACACACACACACAGUUCCAGCUACUUUGAAUUGAUUAUAACCAAAUAACAUUGAUAUAUUAAAAAUACUGAUUGAUUACUUUGUCACCAUCUGUUAAUAUUUUACAGCAAUACAUGAUGAUACUAUUUGAUAUUUCUAAUAAAUAGCAUUAUAUAACAAAUUGUUUUUUAUCAAACUUAUGACCGUCAGUUAAAACUAGUUCUUUAUAUCUCUCAAUGGGGGGAGAAGACUAGUUACUGUCAGUUGAAACUAGUUUCUUACAUCUCCACUAAGUGAUAAGUUGAUGACCGCUAUUGUUACUACAAUUGAAUUUGCAUUCCGUCUUUGUAUGUGAUAUAAAAUAAACUGGAAUUUUAAUAGCAAUUGUCUAAAUCAAUUCCAUUUCAAUGCAGCCUAACAUGUGAUGAUUCAAUUGAUGUCUUGAUUUCUUAAAACAAGACCUUAUUAUUUUAAUAGGGGCUUCAUGAAAAUACUCAGUUGUGGGGGGAGAGAGAGAGAGAGAGGAAUGUUACAGGUUCCUGUUGUUUUGUGCUCUUUCAAGACAGAAGAAUCAAAUCCUAGCACAGUUAGGCGAGUAACAAAGGUCUUUGUAUCAUGGAGACCUCACUGGUAUGAGAUAUCUGCGUAGGUGAAGAAAAUUGUCUGAAAACAGGGAGAUAUUUUAGUGCAAGCAAAGAAAACAGUUGAAGAAAUGAAGAGGGACAUGAUGGUUUUGCUUUUUGUUUUUGUUUUGUUUUAUUUCAUAUGCAUGUUUAUUUGAACAUUUUGAAACUGACAGUUGUGUUAAAUUAUAAUUUCAGUCUUGUUUUAACUGCAGCAAAAACAGAUUAUUUAAGAUUAUAGCUGCAAACUUUCCAAGGAAUAAUCUGUCUGCCAGGUCAUUUCCAAAUUUUUUUUUUCUUUCUUUUUCAUUCUUUGUUAAUUCAUUCAAACUUUUGAAAGUUGUUCACAUAUGGUAUAAUUUAAUGUAAAAGAAUUAGAUUAAAAUCAAUGAACAUUCUUUUAAAUAAACUUGAAGUUCUCGCAUACGUUUCAAAAUAUUGACCAUAAUAAUUUGGCCAGUGCAACUUAGGCAUUAAUACCUAAUUUAACUUUAGACUUUGUAAUGAAAGAACCAUCUUUUCUGCAUCAGGAUUACUAUUAAGUGAGUAAAAUUCAUGUCUUGUCUGAGCCCCACCACCUCUUCAGAUUGAAAUCUGUGUCAUUAUGAAUGAUGGAAUCAAUCCUGAAUUAAUGAUAGAAUUGUUAAAUAUUUUCAGAUUUCUUUCUUUGCAUUUUGUGUGUGUGUAUGUGUGUGUUGAAUUUCCCUGUAGGAGUGCUCAAAUCAUUUGAAGUGGAUAUCUUACCUUUGAUGAUGAUUCUAAGAUUUCUACUUUAAUGACCAUUUUGCUUUCCCUAUUCACCAAAGUGACUGUUUAUAAGGAAGCUCAUGUUUAUAGAAAUUUUAACUGGCUCCUGAUGUUGGCUAAGGAAUGUUAAUGAACUAGUUAAAAAAAACCCCAACUAAACUGCAUAUUAAAGGGGAAUUUAGAUGCAUAUGUGAGUAUGUCUAAAGCUAUUUUAAACUCUAGUAAACAGCAGAAAAACUAUCUUGUAGUCACUCUUUGAUAGAAGCAUGGAAAUGAUUAGUUUCUGCAAAAAGAUAGUCAUGGCUGUGUAAGAGAAUAUUUUGUGGAAUAGUUAUGCUUUGUAUUAAUUAUGUAAAGUCAAAUCAAGUCAAUCUAGUUUAUUCCCUGUUAAACAAAAAAAAAAGAAACAAUGCUUGUACCAAUUGUCUCUACAUAUCAUUCCAAUCUUCAAAUUUUCAUUUCCCGCUACAUGGAUUGCAACAUGUAUUAAUGUGAAGAGCCACUCUUCCUAACUCUAAACUAUUCCAUUCAGGUGUUUCAAGGCAAAUAGUGUAAUUAGCUUACAGUGGUAAUGCAAUACCUAUGUGUGUCUCUUUUAUCUUUUGGUCACAACUCCAAACUACACACUUCUUUCUUUUACUAUAUUAAUCUAUCCCUUUCAACACACAUUUACCAAUUUUGUUGGACAGCUAGUAUUAAAAGGUCUACCUUCUUACCAGUAAUUUUGUUUUUUCCCUAUCGAUUGAUUAAAACAGAAUUUUUUUUUUUUUUUUUUUUUUUUUUUUUUGAACUAGCAAGGAAAAUAUUUAGCAACAAUGGUUCUUGUUUUUUAUUUUGUUGAUAUUAAAGUUAUUGAUGGGUCAAUCCUAACUACAGUCACUGCCUCUCUUUAGUUGGUACUUUAAAAUUAAUGUUACAGCUAGCUUUAAAUAUAUCAGAUAAAAAGGUCAUUUAUCAAGCAAGCUAUUAUCAAUUCUUUUAUUUUGUACCUUCCCCCUUAUUUGUCUCUGCUGAAGCAGAAUUUAAUUAGUUUCUCCAUUUGAAUAUUUCAACAUGGAAUUGAUAUUUCAGUAUAAGACUUCAAAGCCUAAACAUAAAAUAUUUUCUUUUCAUUUCAUUUUUCCAUGUCAGAUAUCUCAACAAUUAUAACCUCAUUAACAACACAUCUCAGACAUUUAAGCAUAAAAAUUAUGGUAAAUUGAACAAUAUACAGAAUUGGUUUUAAUAUCAAAAUUUAAUGGGAAUUAAAUAAUUCAAUAUUGAAAUGAUAUGGACAUUCAACUGUUCAUGCUUCUGGGUAUCAGAUGAUUUACUGGGAUAAAUGAUGAAAUCAAUAAAUAUAGACCAACUAAUAUUCAUUUAAAAUGGGAUUACAAAUAAUUGAAAAUUUGAACUUUUUCAACUGGGUUUUUUUUUUAGCUUUACCUAUUAUGGGUGGGAACUUAUUAAAAACUGAGAAAAAAAUCUAGAAACAUUUAUUUAUUGUUAUAUUAGGCUUAUCUAUGGGAUAAAUAAAUAGCUAUUUAUAAAUUUCUGUAUUUCCUUUCACAUUCAAAGAUAUUUUCUUGACUAAGUUAGAAAUUUUAUUUAAAUUUUUUUGGUGCAAAUGCUAUCCAUUUUCCAUGGUAUUAUAUUGUUUACCUUUCUAUAGAUUCUCCAUAUGUACAAUUUACCUUUGGUUAAUUUGAAUAAUUAAUUUUGAAGUACUUUCAACAUAUUUCCUAAUGAAUAGAUGUUUAUUAAAUAUAGAUAAAAGAACUACAUAGCAAAAAUAAACCCUCUCUUCCUCCAAUGAUUUGAUGCCACUUCAAUAUUUCAUUUUAUUUUUACAAAUACAAGUGUGUCAAAUGAACUCAGGGUUGUCUUUUCGUGUUUGCAAAUCUAUGUGUGUAUGUUUGUGUGUGUGUGUGUGUGUGUGUGUGUGUGUAACAUCUCUUUCUCAUUUUUAAAUAAAUAAAUAUGUCUAAAAUGUUUUCACACCUGGAGAACGAAGCUGCAGCAACUUGGUUACUAAUUAUACUUACAGGACCUCUAACAAUAAAAAAAAAAACACUUAAUGAAAAAACAAUUGUAAUGAAAUAAAUAGCAAAAAAAUGGAAGACAAACCAAAUCAUCAUUAAUUAACCUAUUGUUGUACCAAAGAAUCUUGAUGUUGCUUUAAUAGACUAUUUGAUGAAAACCCUGUUUUUUUUUUGUUUGUUUUUGUCAGCACCUGCCUACUGUAAAUUGUGAACGUCAUUGAAUUAAAAAAGAAAUAAAUAUAUUUCUCUAAUAAUGUCAUAAUAAUACAAUUUUUGUUACUCUUCUCAUAUAACCCACCUCAUUCUGCUGUCAAAAAGCAGAAGCUACAUAUUGUAUAAUAAAUAUUAAAAAUUAUGAGCAUUAUUGAAAUGUCUAUGUAUAUUACAAUAUAAAGUUAUAUAUUGAAUUAUAUAUUAUAUAUUAUAAUAUAUAAUUCUGAGUUACAUAAAAACAUGUCUGUAUAUUCUUUUUGCUUUUCUGGCACUCAAGGAGUCAAAUGAAUAUAAUCUAUUUAUUUCCAUGUUCAUGAGUGAUUAAACUGGAAAUGGUGACAACAGGACUCAUUAAUUAACAGUUUAUUCAUUUAUUCAGCUAAUUUCUGUGCAAAUAAAUCUUGAGGUAUUUAUGAUUUCUCAUUUCUCAUCACACAAACUCACUAAUUAAAACAAUGAAACAAUAAAGUUGCCAAUAUAAAUAAAUGGCGAAACAAGACUACCAAAA